UCGACACGCAGGCUUGCAGACAGAUCUGCAGCGGAACACUCGUCGCCCUGCAUGGAAGAUAGCGGCAGUGAGCUAUGCGCAUGAAGUUGCACUUGAUCGUCUCAGUUAUCCCGGUGCUAUGGGUGCAAUGCAUCGCAUUCCAAGGCCCUCGGCCUUCCCUUCCGCUGUUUGCCGGUCCUCCCCAGCCAUUGCUGAGCAGCAGGCGGCGUGCAGCGCGCUCACAGAUCCUUCAACGAUCAACUGCUGUCAAGGAGGGAGGGGAGGUGCCGUCUUCUCCGGCUGCGCCAGCGGCGAAGGUGCCCGUGCCAUCUCCCCUUUCCCCACCCCCUCCCCCUCCCUCUGCCUCACCAAGACCGCAACGCAACGAAGUCGAGAUCAUCCGGCGGUUCGAGCAGUGGGCGCGAGAGAAGGCCCGCGUCAUGUUCCAGUCUGUGUCACACGGCUACUUCCUGGACAGCAAUCGGGGCAAGCCGGCGCUCUCCUUGGCGGCUCUGCAGCGGUGCCGCGGUGUCAAAGUGAAUGCUGACGUCAAGGCGGGCGAGGCUCUCAUUGCGGUGCCGAUUGACGCGGCCAUUGUUGCCACCGCCAACGGGACUCUACCAGAGGAGCUGAGCGGGUGGCUGAAUGCGCCUUACUGGAAGGAGGCCUCUCUGCCCGUGCGGCUGGCUUUGAAGCUGCUGCACGAAAAGGAGAAAGGGGAGGCGUCUGAGUGGGCUGAGUAUGUUGCCUUCCUGCCGCCGGUUGGGUCGUUCCCGACACCGCUGCACUGGAGCGAUGACGAGCUGCAGAAGCUGAAGCUGGGUCGGAUGAUAGAGAUGGUGAAGCGGCAGAGGGAGGGGUGGAGAGGGCUGCACGAAGAUCUGCUGCAGUGAGUGAGAAUGGGAAGGAGGGAGGGAUGGGAUGGCGUGGAUGAGAUGAGAUGAGCAUGAAGGGACGUUCGUGUGUUCCCUGUGUGUGCAUGUCAGGAGAGGUCUGAAGGAUGCCUCUGGCGGCUCUCUGUCUUGGGAAGACUUUGCCUGGGCGCUUGAGAUCGUCUCCAGUCGAGCAUUUGCAGGCAACUUCACACAGGUAAACAACCUCCUUAAGUCAAUAUGAGCCACACUGCCGCUCCGCUGUAUUCACUCGUCUUGCAUCGCUGUCCCUCAGACGUCUCCCCUCUUGCUCGGCGCCCUGCAGCUGGCCUGGGCGAUAGCGGUGGCCUUUGCUAUUGUCCAGCUCUACACGUCAUCGGGCCAGGCCGACCCCCCAAUACCACUCAUCGUUGCCGGUGGAGCGGCUGCUCUUCUCCCGGGCAUCGCAUCGUCGGCCCUCGAGGGGAGGAGGGGUGCUGACAAGGGCGGGAGUGACCUGGCGCUGGUGCCUGUGCUCGAUUCGGUCAACCAUCUGACGGUGUCUGAGGCGCAGUUUGGGUAUGACGGCGUCAAGCGGGCCUUCACACUCACCGCUGACAAGGACCAGGGACCUGGCGACCAGGUAGGCAGGCGAGGAGAAGGGGAGGGAAAAGGGGCAAGGCGCAUACAGCAGGAAACGGCUGCCUGUGUAUACGCGCGUUGUCUGUGGCACUCAACAUGCAGGUGUUCCUCAACGUCGGCGAGAAGAGCAAUGACUACUGGCUGCAGUAUGGCGGGUGAGCAAAGCAGAGCAGAGCCGGGCCGGCCGGGCCGCCGAUGCAUUCAUUGUCUUUGAUUGCCUAUGUGCCUUACUCAGGUUUGUGGAGCGUCGCAACCCCAGUGACGACUUCACGUUGGAUGUCAUCGGGUGGGUCAAGAGGCAGCCGUCCCCGCCGCCCGAUGACCGGUUUAGGCUCCUGGAGAGCACCAACAUGAGGCGGUACCUGGACUCGCUGCAGUGCCUCCGCAACGGCCUCGUGCCGGCACUCGAGAAGGCCGUCACAGCACUAUGGAUACUCGUGGGGGCGACGCAAGCUGAGGUCAGCAGACAUGGGGAGGGGAGGGAGGGAGGUGGCCAGCCGACGGAUGUGUGACGGCGAUGUACGUGUGUGUGUGUGAGUCUGCACAGAUUCGGUUUGUGGUUGAUUGGAUUCGCAAUGCGAAUUUCCGGGUGGUGCAGGGGGUGUCGACGGCCACUGAGAUCAAGGCAUACGAGACCAUCGAGGUAGGUGGACAGCGCAUCAACGGGCACAGGGGGCAUCAAACACCCAUUGCUGGCCUGGCUCGUGUGCUGUGCAGGGAGCGGCGCAAGACAUGGUCGCUCGGCUGGACCCCACAGACAAGGAGAGGAAGGAGGCCGACAGGUAUAGACUACAAUACACACAGAGGGAGCAGCUGCACCGGCCGAAAAGUGUGCCCCUUGUUCAGUUUGCGUGGGAUGGCCCGUGAGCGGCACGAGCUGGCUCUCAAGUAUCGUGACGAGAAGGUGACGCUGCUGCGGGACGUUGUCAAGAGAUGCAGAAACGAGAAGCGAUUCUUCCAGAGGUCCUUGCAGAACAAAUGAAUGAGUGACCGACCGUUGCUGUCUAUGGUCUGUCUGGGAAAUGAAGCUGCUGAGUGAGGAGCUACGGACGGUCACAUGCACACUCAGAGCAUGGGAGGGGAGAUGUGUGUAUGUGAUGUGUGUGUUUGACUGCGUACGACGGAUGACUGACGCCACUUGCACGGGCAACCGAUCAG